UUAUAACGACACUCAGUGGGACCAAAUCUGCUGUUCUAUUCGCUAUUGCAAUAGAAGGGCUCGUUGGACAAAAACAAACAAAUAUUAAUUAGCCUUAAAAGUGACCGAUGUAUUGAGAAGCAAAUAGGCAGCAUGUAAUGUUUGGUGCCAUCAGGGUUAAAAAGCUGGACGUGAUUGAGAGUACAAUAAAUCUAGAGUUCAAUCAGAGCCUGUAUUGGGACACACUAUUAUUAAGUCCUUGCUGGUGCGUCAUUUGGGUUAUUUUGUGUUUAAUCACAGUAAGAAACCACAUACGUCCUCUGUAUUCCUCUUGGAAUAAGCCAAAUAAAAAGCCAUGCGUUUAUCAUUUGACGCUCACUUGACUUUUGUUGCUGUUUGGAUCCACGUGUUUACUGGCAAUGGUGAGCAGCGUUGCUGCCUGUGGAAGUCAAUGGAAUGUGUCGCUGAGUGUGGAUGGAUCCAGACGGGAAGAGGUUAAAUUUCCACACUGGAAAAGAGCUCGGUGGAGGGGGAAGAAAGAAGGAGGUGUGUGUGUGCGUGUGUGUGCGUGUGCGUGUGUGCGUGCAUGGCAGAGACGAGUCAUUCCUGCUUUUUCCCUGAAUGAAAAAGCAGCGAGCGGAGCUCCUUUGCACCAUCGUGAAGCUUCGGGAUGUAAAAAAAAAAGGAGAAGAAGAAGAAAGUGGGAUGGAAAAGUUGCACUGAUCGCUGCAUGCUGUGGUUCUUCUUCUUCUCGGACAAGACGCUGACAGGACGGACUCGCAAAGUUUCCCAACUCUGGACUGGAAUAAUGUGACUGGCACGGAAGGAGAUUAACUUUUUUUUUGUCAAAUAAAGCAGCUAAAUGCUUCGGGAUGCUUCUGCGGAGUGGACACAACUCUUCUGCUCUGUUUCUUUUCUUCGUCACAUCUCCUCUUCAGAUUCCUCCACACUUGUGAGAGGAGAGGACAUGUGUUGACGUUCGCUCGUCGUACAUUUUCAACCCGAGCUCCAAGUGUGGACUUUACAACUCUGGAUGCUUUCCUCUCUGACAUGAAGGAGUGGAUGCUUCGUGCGUAAUUUGGAUUACUACGUGAAGAAGAAGAAGAGGAAGAAGAAGAAGAAGAAGAAGCAGAAGAAGAAGAACAAGAAGAAGAAGUGGGGGGGAUUCCUAUAAAGCGAGACCUUGAAUAAUGUCUCCAACUUCUACUGGAUUUCUAGUGCUGUUAGGAAUUCUCCAUGUGUGCUCAGGAUCCCGUCUGCGCCAAGAGGACACGCCACCCCGGAUAAUGGAGCAUCCAUCUGACCUGAUUGUAUCCAAAGGUGAGCCGGCCACCCUCAACUGCAAGGCGGAAGGGCGUCCCACCCCCACCGUAGAGUGGUACAAGGAUGGCGAGCGGGUGGAGACAGACAGGGACAACCCACGGUCCCAGCGCAUGCUGCUGCCCAGCGGCUCGCUCUUCUUUCUGCGCAUCGUGCACGGGCGGCGGAGCAAACCGGACGAAGGCUCCUAUGUCUGCGUUGCCCGUAACUACCUCGGAGAGGCAGUGAGCCACAACGCCUCGCUGGAAGUAGCCAUUCUACGUGACGACUUCCGACAGAACCCCGCCGACGUCAUCGUGGCAGCCGGAGAGCCGGCGGUCCUGGAGUGUCAACCCCCGCGCGGCCACCCUGAACCCACCAUCUCUUGGAAGAAGGACGGAAUAAACAUCGACGAUCGAGAUGAGAGAAUCACAAUACGUGGAGGGAAGCUGAUGAUCACUAACGCGAGGAAGAGCGACGCUGGGAAGUACGUCUGCGUCGGAACAAACAUGGUCGGUGAACGGGAGAGCGAAAUAGCCGAACUUACAGUGCUGGAGCGUCCCAGCUUUGUGCGUCGGCCCGGUAGCCAGGUGGUGUUGGUGGACCAGAGCGUUGAGUUCAGAUGUGAGGCUCGCGGCGACCCGGUUCCGACGGUGCGGUGGCGGAAAGACGACGGAGAUCUGCCCAAAGGACGAUAUGAGAUCCGGGAGGAUCACACGCUGAAGAUCCGCCGUUUGACCUCGGCGGACGUCGGUUCUUACACCUGCGUGGCGGAGAACAUGGUGGGCAAGGCGGAGGCGGCGGCCAGCCUCACCGUCCACGUGCCGCCAGCAUUUGUGGUCAGACCGAGGAACCAGGUGGUCGGCGUUGGCAGGACGGUCACUUUCCAAUGCGAAGCCACCGGCAACCCUCAACCAGCCAUUUUCUGGCAGCGAGAAGGAAGCCAGAACCUGCUGUUUUCCUACCAACCACCCCAACCCGCCAGCCGCUUCUCCGUGUCCCAGACGGGAGACCUAACCAUCACUGACGCCGAGCGCUCCGACGUGGGCUACUACAGCUGCCAGGCCCUCAACAUUGCCGGCAGCGUCAUCACCAAGGCCCUGCUGGAGGUCACAGACGUCGUGUCAGACCGCCCUCCUCCGGUCAUCCGCCAGGGGCCGACCAAUCAGACGGUUGCGGUGGACGGCACAGUGGUCCUCACCUGCGUGGCAUCGGGCAGUCCUACCAUUCUGUGGAGAAAGGACGGGGUGUUGGUGUCCACCCACGACUCUCGAGUCAAGCAGCUGGACACGGGUGCGCUGCAGAUACGAUACGCCAAGCUGAGUGACUCCGGCGCCUACACCUGCAUCGCCUCAACUCCUGGCGGGGAGGCCUCGUGGAAAGCCCAUUUGGAAGUCCAAGAGUUUGGAAUUCCCGUCCAGCCAAACAGACCCACUGACCCAAACCUGAUACCGAGUGCCCCCUCCAGACCCGAGGUCACGGAUGUUACCCGGACUUCUGUUACGCUUUCCUGGAAGCCGAACCUCAAUGCUGGAGCCACGCCCACCUCCUACAUCAUAGAAGCUUUUAGUCACGCGUCCGGGAGCAGCUGGCAGACACUUGCAGAGCACGUGAAAACAGAAUCCUUUGUACUGAAGGGCUUGAGGCCCAGUGCCGUCUACCUCUUCUUAGUGCGGGCAGCCAACGCCUACGGACUCAGCGACCCCAGUCCCAUCACUGAUGCUGUGAAAACACAGGAUAUCCCUCCCACCAGUCAGGGCGUGGACCACCGUCAGAUCCAGAGGGAACUGGGGGAGGUUGUCAUCCACCUGCACAAUCCCACCAUCCUGUCAUCGUCCUCCAUCAGGGUGCAGUGGACGGUGGAGCAGCAGUCGCAGUACAUCCAGGGUUACAAGGUGAUGUACCGCCCCUCACCAGAAGGGCAACGGAGCGACUGGGCCGUAUUCGAGGUGCGCACGCCCGGCGAGGACACCGCCGUCGUGCCGCAGCUGCGCAAAGGCGUCACGUAUGAGUUCAAAGUCCGGCCCUUCUUCAACGAAUUCCAGGGCACCGACAGCGAUGUCAAAAUUGGCCGAACCCUGGAGGAAGCCCCCAGUGCUCCGCCCCGUGAGGUUACAGUGACAGAGAGCGGUGACAAUGGCACCGCCGUCUUGGUCUCCUGGCAACCCCCUCCUGAGGAGAAGCAGAAUGGGGUGGUCCAGGAGUACAAGAUUUGGUGCUUGGGGAACGAGAGCAGGUACCACAUCAACCGCACCGUGGACGGCUCCACCUUCUCCGUGCUCAUUCCCAGUCUGGCCCCGGGGAUCCGCUACAGCGUGGAGGUGGCGGCCGGCACAGGGGCGGGUCCGGGGGUCAAGAGCGACGUCACUUACUUCCAACUCGACUCAUCAGGCCGCAUGACGGAGGCAGCGGACGGCCAGAACCCUCUGUCCCAGCAGAUCUCCGACGUGGUGAAGCAGCCGGCCUUCAUAGCCGGCAUCGGGACGGCCUGUUGGAUCAUCCUCUUGGUCUUCAGCAUCUGGCUGUACCGACACAGGAAGAAGCGGAACGGCCUCUCCAGCAGCUACGCUGGCAUACGCAAAGUGCCGUCCUUCACCUUCACACCAACAGUGGCUUACCAGAGAGGUGGAGAAGGAGUGAGCAGCGCUGGAAGGCCCGGUCUUCUCAACAUGGGGGAGUCGGCCACACAGCCCUGGCUGGCCGACACCUGGCCCAACUCGUGCUCCAACCACAACAACUGCAGCAUCAACUGCUGCACCGCCAGCAACGGCAACAGCGACAGCAACCUGGCCACGUACAGCCGACCCGCCGACUGCAUCGCCAAUUAUAACAGCCAGAUGGAUAAUAAGCAGAGCGGCCUUUUGGUGCCCGAGCCGGGAGUCUACGGAGACGUGGACUUGUCCAACAAGAUCAACGAGAUGAAGACAUUCAACAGCCCCAACCUGAAAGAUGGCCGCUUCGUGGGCACGGGCGGGCAGCCCACGCCGUACGCCACCACGCAGCUCAUCCAGUCAUCCAUCAUGAGCAACAACAUGAAUGCUGACAGAGGGACCUCCGGAAGCGGCGGAGGCGACCUGAAUGACAAACACUGCUGGAAGCCCGGCGGCGUCCAGAAACAGGAAAUGGGCUCCCAGCUGCAGUACAGCAUCAUGGAGCAGAACAAGCUGAAUAAGGAUCGCUACAGAGGUGGCGACACCCCCACGCCAGCCACCAUCCCCUACAACCACAGCCACGACAGCCACACCGGGGGCUCCUACAGCUCGGACCGAGGGAGCAGCAGCACCUCUGGCAGUCAGGGUCAGAAGAAGGGGGUGCGCACCCCCAAACUACCUAAACAGAGCACAAUGAAUUGGGCUGACCUCCUGCCUCCCCCUCCUGCAAACCCACCCCCAACGCGGAACGCAGAGGACUACUCCCUAUCACUGGAAGAAAGCUGCGACCCAGACAUGCAGUGUUCCGUGCCCCCCUCGCACAUGUACCUGCAGCCCGAUGAGCUGGAGGAAGAGGAGGAGGAGAUGGAGCGCGGACCCACGCCUCCCGUCCGGGGCACGGCCUCCUCCCCCGCCGCCGUGUCGUACAGCCACCAGUCCACCGCCACGCUCACACCCUCGCCGCAGGAGGAGAUGACGCCCAUGCUGCAGGACAGCCACGAGCGCAGGCGCCACGCUGUGAGCCCCCCCGCCCCACCUCGUCCCCUCUCGCCCUCGCACACAUACAGCUACAUCACCGACCCCCUGGAUGAGGACGGCAUAGAGGAGGAAGAAGAGAUGCUGGAGGAAGACGAGGAGGAGGAGGCAGACGACACGGACGCGGAGGUGGCCAAGAUGCACUACCACCACACCCACCCGCACCCACACCACCCCCAGCAGCAGAUGCAUCCACGGCGGCUGCUGCUGCGAGGGAUCGAACAGACGCCAGCGUCCAGCAUGGGCGACCUGGAGAGCUCGGUGACGGGAUCCAUGAUCAACGGCUGGGGGUCCGCCUCCGAGGAGGAUAAUGUCUCCUCGGGGAGGUCCAGCGCCGUCAGCUCGUCGGACGGAUCGUUCUUCACCGAUGCUGACUUUGCUCAGGCCGUGGCGGCGGCUGCGGAGUACUCGGGGCUGCGAGUGGCCAAACAUGCCAACAUGCAAGGCCAGGAAGGGGCGGCUCUCUUAGGUAGGUUUUCAUUUGCUCAACGCAGUUUCAUGAUCAAGUUAUUCAUAUUCUCACGUUUCUCAGCACGCAAAUACCAAAUGAACCCGGCGGGUCACCGUCCCGGCAGCCCGGUAUCCACAGACAGCAACAUGAGCAUGGCGGCGGUGCACAGGAGGCCUCCAAAGAAGCCGAAACAGCAUCCUGCAGGGAACCACAGACGUGAAGCCUACAAUGAAGAUCUCCCACCGCCACCCAUCCCGCCCCCAGCAGUGCUGAAGUCCCCCACACACCCCUCCAAGGUGGGCCUAGAGAGCCGAGGGGUGGUCUCCCCGAAAGGAGGAAAACCAGGAGGAGGAGCAGCGAGUAGCUACAGGCCCAAAGAAGGCUCGGACCCCAGAACCAGCUCGUCAGAACGCAAGGAGGCCCAGGAGAGACAUAAAGCUCCCGGGGCCAAAGGGAACAAACACGAUGGCGGCGGCGCCGCCAAGGGACGCCAACAAGCAGGUCCAGAAGACAUUCUGCCGUACAGCCGACCGCAGUUCCCCGUGGUCAACAGCCCCAGAGACCCGAGCUCGUCUAGCUCCAUGUCCUCCAGGGGUUCGGGGGGCCGGCGGAGAGGCGAGGUGGGCCACAGGAACCCUGCAGACGUUAGCCUCAGCACCACGGGGGCCUUUCAGACAGGAAAUGAAGAGCUAGAGAUGGCAGAAAGCUGAAGAAAAGGAAGAUUUGUUUAGUUUUUUGCGGCGCACCCUCGUUUCUACUUUUGAAUAUGUCAGUAUUUCACCACCACGUCAGCUGCCGUUAAUACUGUACAUCACUAGUCUUUCUUUUGGCAUCGUCUUUGGCCUAAUUUAUCAUGUGCGAAGGCAAAGCAAGGCAAUGAAAGGGUAUUUAUGUUGAAUUCCAAUGCAAUAUGGAGUGUAAUCUUGACGUGUUACUGUAAGAUGCAAGCAGAGAGGGCUGGAUGUGUGUGUGUGUAAAUAUAUGUGUAAUACAUGGCGUCCCAUGGUGGUACCUCAAAUUUGCCCCCCACCCCACCCCACCCCCCAACACCACCCUCCCACCCCCACCCCUUUUUUCUAAUUUUAUUACGCCAGUAAAUAUAAAUAUUUUAUCAUUUCCAUCCAUGUUGUAAAUUGCGAUAUUAUUUAGCGAACCUGCCCAAGAGUGUGCCACCUUGGGAUGUUUUUUAUUCUUUUUUUGUAAUGCACUGUUAUGUUCCGUGUUGUCGAUGUUUGCUAUUUUUCUUUUGUUUUACUUUGGUUUUAAAAGCACAAUCACUAAACUUUAUUUUAAACCAUUUUAUCUAUUAACCUUUUUGUCUUACUGGAGGUACGACAAAAGAGUCUAGUUAAUCCUGAUGAUGAUGAUGAUGAUGAUGAUGAUGAUGGUGGUGGGGGUUAAAGUUGCCGAGACUCCCUCUCCGGAAAAGUGACAAAAAAAGGACAGUUGAUGUGAGUCAUGGCUGCAAUGUACAUAUUUCUUUGGCAUUGACCGUAAUAUCAGCUAUUGCACAUGAAACUGAAAGUGAAAGAAAGGCUUCCUUUGUCUACUAAUGCACUUAAAAGAAUGUCAAGUCAAACAAAAAAAGGCUACACGGGCGUCACUUUGGAUGAGGGGAAUCUGGAGAGGAAGAAGAGUCUCUUUUGUGGACACAAAAAAAAAACAGGAGGCGAUGAAGCCCCGCCUUUUUAAGGGAGCAAAGGGUGCUGUUGUUUAUUCAUAGGACAUCUGCAAACAUUUGUUUCGUAAAGCAAAAAAAAAAAGGAAAAAGAACUGAAAAAAAUGAAUGAAUAAUAAAAAAAAAAAUCAAACUAUAUGUGCUUGUUGUCAUUUGUGGAGGUUUGAGAAGACGCGGUGUCAAGGUCACGUCUUUAGUUUGUUGCUGAUGCUCGCACUGACGCAUUCAAGUCUUCGGUUUUCUGACCGAUGGUUCUGUUGUUUGCAUGCGUUUGCGUUUGCAUUUCUUAUGACAGCCGGCCUCGUUUCCACUCCUACGUUCUGGCCAUCAAUUGUGCUUCCUGCAUCCAUAAUCACGUGUUUGCGUAUCGAUACAUCUGCCUGCUCUGACAGGCCCACUGAUGGAUGAGAACAAGGAGGGUGCAGAGGAGCUUUAGCAGCACAAGCUUGGACUCUUGUCUGACUUCGUGUAUUAGUAGAACCAUCAAUACAUUGCAUUUGCCAUCUUAAAAAGACCAGUCAUGGG